ACUUCCGCUUUUAUACUCUGACGAAGAAACGUUGUUGGCGUAAGUUCAGUUCUCUCUAAUUCUUAUUUGUUUCAAAUAAUAUCAAUACAGUUUUAAUAUUGUAACAUAAAAGUUUUUUCUUACAUUCGACAAUAUUAUAUCUAAAAUAUAAUAUAAUGGCUAAUGGUCAAGAAGAAUGUAAUAUGGAGAAAAAGGUUACCGAAGAGGUUAAAAAGGGUAAGCCGGUAGAAAAUGCAAAGGACGAUGCAAAAAUUGAAGAAACGAAAGAAUCCUCGGAACCUACACAAGAAUUAUUAGAACAGAUUAAGGAUCAGAUAGAAUUCUACUUUGGAAAUGUAAAUAUGCAAAGAGAUAAGUUCCUUACGGAACAGAUAAAAUUAGACGAAGGAUGGAUACCUUUAUCCGUUAUGCUUAAUUUUAAUAUGUUGGCCACUAUGACUACUGAUUGUGAUAUAAUUGUAAAAUCUCUUGAAUCAAGCGAAUUGAUUGAAAUAUCCGAAGAUAAAAAGAAAAUAAGAAGAUCACCUAAAUUUCCUUUACCAACGUAUAACGAAGAAUAUAGAAAGGCACAGGAAGCCAAAACAGUUUAUAUGAAAGGAUUUCCAUUAGAAAAUAUGAAUAUUCAAAAAUUAAAGACAUAUUUCAAUCAAUAUGAACCAUAUGAGAACAUUGUUAUGAGAAAAUAUUUGGAUAAGGAUAAAACGUUACACUUUAAAGGUUCUAUUUAUUUACAAUUUAAAACCUUGGACGAUGCUAAAACUUUUAUGGCAAGAGAUUCUAUUAAAUAUAAUGAUACAGAAUUAAUAAGAAAAUGGGCGGCUGAUUAUAACGUAGAACGAGCUAGUGAAAAAGAAGAAAGAAAACAACGUAUACAAGAAGCAAGAAAUAAAAAAACAGAAGCAGCAUUAAAAGAUUCUAAGAUUGAAACUGUAAAUUUACCAAAGGGUGCUAUAAUUCACAUGAAAGGAAUGCCCGAUGAUUGUACAAGAGAUAUAAUCAGAACGCGUUUUGAAGAAUUUGAAAUUCCUAUUGCUUAUAUACAUUUUGAAUCGGGUGACAAAGAGGCCUGGAUUCGUUUCCAAGAAGAAAAUUCAGCCAAAAGUAUUUUAGAAAAAUUAUCAGAAAAUAAGAUAUUGAUCGAGGAAACGGAAGUUACGUGUCGAGUUUUGGAAAAUGAAGAAGAAGAAAAAUACCUCGACGAAGUUAAGAAAUAUAUUUCUAAUCUCAGGCAACGUCAUAAGAGUAGAAACGAAAGUAAAAAAAAUCGCACAGGACACAAAGGAGGAAGGAAAAGGCCAGCAACUUCUCCUGCAGAUCAUCAUCCAACAAAAACUACGGCUGUUGAGUAAUCAUUAUUGAAAUUAUUUAAGAUGUAAGAUAUAUAAAAGUUGAUCGAUGA